AUGGCCUCGGAAUUGCGCCGCCGAGUCGCCCUCAAGGGAGACGGCACUCCACCCGGGUCGCCCAUCUCGGUCACACCCGAGCGCGACGACAGCCCCAUCCGGCCCGGCGACAAGGUCAAGGUCGUCCACCACAGCCAGAAGACGCGCAAGAGGAGGACCGGCGCCAUCUUCCUGCUCGGCAGCCUGUUCGGUCUCAUCGCUGCCGGCUUCUUCGCCAAGAGCAACGACCUGAUAGACUUCCCUGAGAUCGGUGACCUGAGCGUCGACAGCCUGCUGGAUGUCCUACCCGCAGGUCUGGUCAAGGAUGUGCGCGACCUGGUGAAAGGAGAGCGCGACCUGGUGGAUUCCUACGAUGCCUUCUCCGUCGGCAUGAAGGUGCGGUCCGAGGGCCUCGAGGCCCACCAUCCUAUGAUUAUGAUCCCCGGCGUCAUCUCGACCGGGCUUGAGUCGUGGGGCACCGCUAACGCCUCUCGCCCCUACUUCCGCAAACGCCUGUGGGGGUCAUGGACCAUGAUGAAGGCUCUGGUGAUGGAGAAGGACAACUGGAAGAAGCACAUCAUGCUGGACAAGAAGACGGGGCUGGACCCGCCAAACGUCAAGCUGCGCGCCGCCCAGGGCUUCGAUGCCACCGACUUCUUCAUCACGGGCUACUGGAUCUGGAGCAAGAUAUACGAGAACCUCGCCUCGCUAGGCUACGAUCCCACCAACUCCUUCACUGCAGCCUACGACUGGCGCCUGUCGUACCAGAACCUCGAGGUGAGGGACCAGUACUUCACACGGCUCAAGCUCUACGUCGAGGCUGCGACGCUGGGCCAGAACCGCAAGGUGGUGCUCGUGUCGCACAGCAUGGGCAGUCAGGUUCUCUUCUAUUUCUUCCACUGGGUCGCAUCUGAGCAGGGCGGUCGCGGCGGCGACUCCUGGGUUGAGGACCACGUCGAGGCCUGGAUCAACGUCAGCGGUUGCAUGCUAGGGGCACUGAAGGACAUACCGGCAGUACUCUCUGGGGAGAUGAAGGACACUGCCCAGCUUAAUGCCUUUGCCGUCUAUGGCCUGGAAAAAUUCCUGAGCAGGGAAGAGAGGGCGGAAAUGUUCCGCGCAAUGCCAGGCAUCUCCUCGAUGCUCCCCAUCGGGGGCGACGCCGUCUGGGGUAAUCUUUCAGGGGCUCCAGACGAUCUGCCCGGCCAGGAGAAUUCGUUCGGUUCCUUCCUGAACUUCCGUCAGGGCGUCAACUGGACCGUCCCGGAAAAGAACAUGACGGUCGACGGGACGAUGCGCUACCUCCUGAACUCGACCGAGGACUGGUAUCAAGACCAGAUCCGCAGCAGCUACUCGCACGGGAUCGCGCGCACGAUCAAGGAGGUCGAGGAGAACGAGCACGACCCCAGGAAGUGGAUCAACCCGCUGGAGACGCGCCUGCCGCUCGCCCCCAGCCUCAAGGUCUACUGCUUCUACGGCGUCGGGAAGCCGACCGAGCGGGCUUAUUACUAUAGAACCCCAGAGGCGACAUCGAACCUCAACAUCACGAUCGACACGGGGCUCAUACACGGGGUCAUCGACCACGGCGUCAUUAUGGGUGAGGGCGAUGGGACAGUGAACCUGCUGAGCUCUGGUUUCAUGUGCAACAAGGGCUGGCACAUGAAGCGGUACAACCCUUCCGGGGUCAAGGUCACGGUGGUCGAGAUGCCGCACGAGCCGGACAGGUUCAACCCGCGGGGCGGGCCGAACACGGCGGACCACGUCGACAUCCUCGGCAGGGCGACGCUUAACGAGCUUAUCUUGAGGGUGGCCGCCGGGAGGGGGAACACCAUCAACAACUACGUCGUGAGCAACAUUUCACAGUAUGCGGAGAGGGUCCAGGUAUUUGAAGACGAGAAUUAA